GGAGUGAGGCAGCCAGUGCGGCACCUCGGAUGCGAACGCUGUUCCUUCAGCCGGCUGCCCGACGUGGUUGGGGGCUUGGCUCGGCUCACCGGCGAGGCGCAGUCGACUGUCUCACUUGACCGCGCCCGACACGAAGCUCUAAGCCCUCCGACACCAUGGCACAGCCACAUUACCAGCUCGAGACCCCCGACCGCAUGGAGUACACCUUCCUGUCGGUCACCGCGGGUUCGAUCCUGUUCAAGGUGCAGGCUGCCAACGACGCGCACAUCGCCCUCACGGCCGGCCCCAACGAGACCGGCCCGCUGUACGAGAUCUUCAUCGGCGGCUGGGGCAACAGCAAGUCCGCCAUCCGCAAGAACAAGCAGAAGCCCGAGGUGGCCAUCGUGGACACCCCCGGCAUCCUGAGCGCGUCCGAGCCGCGAGGCUUCUGGAUGCGCUGGAUCCACGGCGACCUGGACGUCGGCAAGGAGGGCCAGGCGCAGCCCUUCUUGUCCUACAAGGACCCCGAGCCCUUCGGCAUCGGCCACUACGGCAUCUGCACCGGCUGGGGCGCCGCGGGCACCUGGUACAUCGAGGACGGCGACAGCAGCAAGCGCGUGGACACGGAGGACAAGCUGGAGUACAACUGGCACCACGUGCAGCAGGGCUGCCUCAACGUGGAGGUGUGCAGCCCCCACAACGCGCACUUGGCCCUCACCUGCGGGCCCUGCGACUCGGACCCCAUGUACGAGGUGCUGCUGGGCGGCUGGGAGAACAUGGCGUCCGUCAUCCGGUACCGCAGGGAGAAGCCUGACAAGGUGCGCGCCAACACGCCGGCGCUGCUGAGCCAGGGCGAGUUCCGGCGCUUCUGCGUGGCCUGGAAGAACGGCCACGUGCGCGUGACGGACGCCACCGGCAACGUCAUCAUGGAGUGGAUCGACCCCAGCCCGUUCGGCAUCUCGCACUUCGGCGUGCGCACGGCGUGGGGCGCCAGCGGCAAGUGGAGGGUGUGCUGCGCGGAGCGGCCCGACUUCUACGCCAGGCCGUCCGCGCCGCCGGCGCAGAUGGCGGCGGGCGCGCUGCCGGGCUGGGCCGUGGACGGCGCCAAGGGCUGCGCCACGUGGGUGGACUGCAGCCACGGCGUGGUGCCGCCCAACGCCGUGCCCGCCGGCUUCGACAACGGCGAGCAGCUGUACGUCGGCAGGGCCCGCCACGCCGGCGACAUCAUCCCCGGCAAGGUCCAGCCCUCGCACCAGAUGUGCUACGUGCCCUGGGGCGGCGUGGAGCAGGCCAAGACCGAGUACCAGGUCCUGUGCAACUGCGAGCCGGUGUGGCUGCCCGCCACGGACGGCCGCAUCCCCCCUGGCGCGCUCCCCGCCGGCGAGACGGAGGGCGUGGAGCCCCUCUUCGUGGGCAGGGCCACGCACAACGGCGUCAUGUGCGUCGGGAAGGUGCAAGAGACGCACGCUGUGUGCUACAUUCCCUACGGCGGCAAGGAGCUGGCCUUCAACGAGUACGAAGUGCUGUGCGCGCAGUAGCUCCUAAAUCCGACUUCCAACGGUUGCUUCCAAACUCAGUAUUGCAGAUUUCUCAAGCUUCUAGAUCGUAAUUGCGCCCGGUGUGUUAGUCCAAAAUUUGGCUGGGCGGAGAGAAUCUCUUUAAACCGACUAAAUGUUUGUUUGUACUUCAGUAUUUUAAGACUGCUCUGUUGAACAUUAAUUUGUGCACAAUCAUGAUUGCGGGCAAUUUGUGUGAUGAAUUAGAAUUUUUGUGUCGCUAGGAUUGCCUUUGUUUCAAACAGAAAUUAAUUGGCACAUUUAUUGUAUAUUUGUUUGUAUAUGCUUUAUUGAGAUGAAAAUACCAUUACAUUAAUAUAUACUUUGUACAAAUUUUGCAAAUAAAAUGAAUGAUACUGA